AUGAAAGUUAAGCCGAAACGUCUACUAGAAAUAUUAGAAGAAAAAGGUUUACCUGUUUCUAAAAAACAGCAAUUAUCCAAUUAUUUGACAUUAAGAGAAAAGUUGUAUGGAACUUCAACUAUAAGUUUGGGUGAGUUGGAAGCUUGGUGUCAACAAAAUUCAGGUAUACUUGAUGAUGAUGAUAAACCUUGGGUAUUAAGAUAUCAGAUUGAAUAUGAAGAUGAAAUUGAUGAUGAUAAUAAAUUUCGAUUCUUUGUUACAACUAAAAGAUUAUUAUUCAACGCAACUAUUUCAAAUAAAAUUCCUCCUGAUGCUACCUACAAAUUGAUCUGGCAAGGAUUUUCUUGUCUUAUUAUUGCGACAACUGAUAUGAUCAAACAAUUUCACCCAUAUGGAUUCGCUGUAUGUUCCAAUGAAAAAGAAAAGGAUUUUGAAUGUAUAUUUAACUGUAUUCGUGAUAGCCUACAUGAUUUAAACUUGCAAAUGAAUGAACAAAAAUUAGUACUAAUUGCAGAUGAAGCUGAAGCUAUUAGUAAUGCAUUUUCAAAAGUAUUUGGAAAACAUCAUAGUAUUGUUCUGUGCUGGACUCAUAUACGGAAACAAGUAGAAAAAAAAGUUGUUUAG